AAUUUUGUCUCCUUCAACAUGUCUUUGGAUAAUAUGUUUUGCUCUCGAUGUAGAGAAGGUUUUGUACCUCAUGAAAAGAUUGUUAAUUCAAAUGGAGAAUUAUGGCAUCCUCAAUGUUUUGUAUGUGCACAAUGUUUUCGUCCAUUCCCAGAUGGAAUAUUUUAUGAAUUUGAAGGAUAUAAAUAUUGUGAACAUGAUUUUCAUGUUUUAUUUGCACCAUGUUGUGAAAAAUGUGGAGAAUUUGUUAUUGGUCGUGUAAUAAAAGCAAUGAACGCCAAUUGGCACCCAGGAUGUUUCCGUUGUGAAGAGUGCAAUGGUGAAUUGGCUGAUGCAGGGUUUAUUAAAUGCCAGGGUAGAGCUUUAUGUCAUACAUGUAAUGCACGUGUUAAGGCAGGAGCACUUGGAAAAUAUAUUUGUCAUCAAUGCCAUGGAGUAAUUGAUGACAAGCCUUUACGUUUUCGUGGCGAGCUCUAUCAUCCAUACCAUUUUAAUUGUACUGCUUGUGGUAUAGAACUUAAUUCUGAUGCUAGAGAAGUUAAUUCUAGACCAGGAUAUGCUGCUAAUGAAAUGAAUGAAUUAUAUUGUUUGAGAUGUCAUGAUAAAAUGGGGAUCCCAAUUUGUGGUGCAUGUCGGCGUCCAAUAGAGGAACGCGUAGUAACUGCUUUAGGUAAACACUGGCAUGUUGAACAUUUUGUUUGCGCAAAAUGUGAAAAACCAUUUUUAGGUCACCGACAUUAUGAGAAAAAAGGUUUAGCUUAUUGUGAAACACACUAUCAUCAACUUUUUGGAAAUUUAUGUUUUGUAUGUAAUCAAGUAAUUGCUGGCGAUGUUUUCACGGCUUUAAACAAAGCAUGGUGUGUUCAUCACUUUGCGUGUGCAUUUUGUGAUCAAAAGAUGAAUCAAAAAACUAAGUUUUUUGAAUUUGAUUUGAAACCAGCCUGUAAAAAAUGCUAUGACAAAUUUCCACAGGAACUGAAAAAACGCAUGCGUCGUAUGUAUGAUUUAAAUCCUAAAAGAAUACCAGCUUAAAAAUAUAGACUAAG